AUGCAGGUAACUUACCUGUUAGAUGGUGGCUCUAUGGCCCAUGAAGAUUUUUGUGGACAUGUUGGUAGAUUGAACCCAGGAGAUUUACAGUGGAUGACAGCUGGGUGGAGUAUUCUUCAUGCAGAGAUGCUCUGCUCAGAGGAACCAGCACAUGCUCUGCAACUCUGGUUCAAUUUGAGAAGUUCAGAGAAAAUGGUGGAACCACAAUACCAAGAACUGAAAAACAAAGACGUCCCCAAGCCCUCCAAGAAUGGUGUGACUGAGUCCGUCUUUUCAGGAGAGGCAGUGGGUGUAAAGUCAAAGGUUUAUACUCACACACCAACAUUAUAUCUGGACUUCAGGCUGGACAAAGGAGCCAAGCACAUUCAGCCAGGUCCCAAAGGUAGGAAAGAUUUCAUUGACCGGUUUAACAAAGACAUUGAAGCCACUUCUCCUGUAAUGGGAUCUGAUGAUGCCCAACAGAAAAUAGAACCCCAUUACACAACGGUGUUGGAUGAUGGUGACUGUGUUCAGUUAGAAAACAAGGGUCCUGAAAUAAGCCAUUUUGUCUUAGUCGCUGGUGAGCUGAUUAAGGAAUCUAUGGUGCAGCAUGGGUCGUUUGUGAUGAAUACUCAGGAAGAAAUUAUACAAGCGAUUGAUGAUUACAGAAAUGCAAAAAAUGGAUUUGAGAGAACUGCCACUUGGAAGUCAAAGAUAGGAAACCAAUGA